AGGGGAAAGUGAUUAUCUCAUUAGGGGGUAUAGGCGAGAUUGGUUAAUAUUCUUAAAUUAUAAAGUUUUUUACUCUUCAGUAGAUUUGCCAAAAUAUAGUGAUCAUUGUUGAAGACUUUGAUUUUUCACAAUGAUGACAGUGUUAAAGGAUUUAAUCUAAAACUUAGAAUUUAAAAAUAGUUUUUAGACCAGUAUUUUCUAGCUGAUCUAUCAUUAUAACCGACAUUAUUUGCUUCUGGCUCAUUUAAUGCCCUCCCAUAUCAGAAUCACACUUGGGGCUUUCCUAGGGCAUAUAUAAUCUUUGACUUCUAACUUAAGUCCUGUCAAAGAGGCAAGUUAUUUUGCUAAGGUUUGUUUCUAAUAAUGUUACUCUCUUUUAAUUUCACUAAAUUAUUGUAUCUUCAUGUACUCUCUUCUGAGGUAUAAUCUUCCUACCAUCUCCACAAAUAAUUCCUCAUUCUUCAGUACCAGUUUUUACCAAUGGCUGUGGAACUCACUCUCUUUGCUUGUCUUCAUGUCAGAUUUGGACUGAGCAACAAAUUUGAAUCAGAAUUCCCUUCUUCAUUAACUGGAAAAGUAGCUCCUGAAGAAUUUAAAGCCAGCAUCAACAGAGUUAACAGUUGUCUUAAGAAGAACCUUCCUGUUAAUGUACGUUGGCUACUUUGUGGCUGCCUUUGUUGCUGCUGCACAUUAGGUUGCAGUAUGUGGCCAGUUAUUUGCCUCAGUAAAAGAACACGAAGAUCGAUUGAGAAGUUAUUAGAAUGGGAAAACAAUAGGUUAUACCACAAGCUGUGCUUGCACUGGAGACUGAGCAAAAGGAAAUGUGAAACGAAUAACAUGAUGGAAUAUGUCAUCCUCAUAGAAUUUUUACCAAAGACACCGAUUUUUCGACCAGAUUAGCAUUCACUUUAUUUAUAGAGACUUUCCAAGUAUGUUGUCUUUCCAAUGGUGCCUUGCUUGGUGCUCUCCUGGUGGUGACAUAACAUUGGUUCUACAGAAUCGUGUGGUGUUUUGUUUUUUUUUUUCUGUUUUUGUUUUUUUAAAUAACCGCAUGUUCUAAGUGUGCAUUUUUGUCAAACUUUGCAACAGUUAUUUCAUACAGAUGUUUAAUACUUAAGUUAUUGUGCUCUUUUCUGUUAUGUAUUCUGAUUUUCAAGGAUUACUUUUUUGUAUUAUCGAAAAAAUACAUUUGAACUUAGCAUAAAAAGUGGCCAGCCUUUUUUAUUUUAUCACCAAGGUACACACACAGUCCUCUAUUUAUUAAUUCCAUAAUAUAGAAGAACACUUUUGUAAGCCUCUACUUAUCUAUUCCAGGCACACUCUUUGUAUUAUUUUUCUUCCUUUUAAAAUUUAAAAUAGUUAUUAUUUUAAAAUAGUAAGUUUUCUUUAAUAGCUUUUUGGAAUCUAACAUAUCCUUUUCCAUACAAUUCCUAAUGCUCUGUUUACAGCAGAAAUAUCUGUUACGUUAUGAAGACCUAUCAACAAAUUUUGAAAGUCUUUCUGUCUUCAGAGGUAGUAAGGCAGUAUUAAAUUAUUCUUAAUAGAAUAGACAAAUAAUGAAUGGUAUGCAUGCACCUAAUGGUUACUAGAGCUCAGGAUCACAAAAUAUAGUAGCAUUACAAUCUGUGUAUAUUUUUGAUCAAGAUGAUGAUAAUGGCCUUACUUGCGUUAUUUUUUAUUGUUUGUCAAAUCUUCUAUAGAAAAGUAUGGAAAUACUCCUUUUAAAAUUUCUAAGGAAAAUACUUCUCCCAAUCUAACAUAAUUGUAGAAUGGAUACAUGUUUGUGAAAAGUUUUUGAAAGAAAGCAAAAGUUCUAGAAUUAAAAGUAAGCUGGUGUUUAAAUACCCCAUUGAUACUUAGAACAGAUUACUAUUGCUAAGAAACGGAGGACAUAUUUAGUACUGUUUUUAUCCACUAGUUUGCUUUCAGUCCAGUUAUGUAUACUUUUUUGACUGAGAAUGCGACAUGUAAGUUUGAAUCAGAUUAACAUAUUUCUUCUAAAUAUAUACAAAUAUACAUAUCCCCCCCCCCCCUUUUGGUUGUACAUAUCUCCAUGCAUUUUAAAACUUUCUAAAUUUCUGAAUGGCCUAUGUGUAAAUUUUUGUUUUUAUAAACCUGAAAUUAUACAAGUUUUAAUGUGUGUCAAGAACUUGUUCCAUUCAACUGUGGUAUCUAGCAAUAAUGUGAAUAACUUUUGAAAUUAUAUAAACUAUGCUUACUAAUUUGUAUUAAGAAUUGGUACCACUAUACAGUAUCUUUUCUCCUUGUAUUAAAUCUUUUAAAUACCA